AUGCGUUCCUCAAUUCAUCACGGCCUGCUUUUGGCCUCCCUCACUGCACCUGUUGUGUCUGCUGAGCGUGUCCUGGGUGCUUAUAUCUAUGCCCGUCAUGGUGACAGGACUGCAAAGAUUCUCGGUAAUACCCAAUUGACCGACCUGGGCUACUAUGAAGUCUUCGCUGCUGGAUCUGUGUAUCACGAUCUCUAUGUCAGCUCAAGCUCAGACAAGCAGAUCGAGGGAAUCAGUGAUCCCAUCGUGAAGGCGAGUCAGAUGAAUGCCAGUGCUCCCUCCGAUGCCGUGUUGCAGAACUCAGCCACCGGCUUCCUGCAAGGUGUGUAUCCUCCUGCUCAGAAAGCGGCCAACACGACAUUGGGAAAUGGUACUGUGGUCGACUCGCCAUUGAAUGGUUACCAGCUCAUCCAGCUACAAACCACCGCCUCGAGCUCCAAUAGCGAGGAUUCCAGCUGGCUGCAGGGCUCUAGUGACUGCUCCAAAGCGACCGUGAGCAGCAAUAACUAUUAUAUCUCCGAUUCAUACAAUGAAAUGCUCAAGUCCACCGCGAGCUUCUACGACUCGCUCACCCCCGUUCUGAACAGCACUUUCUCGUCCUCUGAUAUCAGUUUCGAGAACGCCUAUACCAUCUUCGAUUACCUCAACGUGGGCUACAUUCAUAACUCGUCCGCGACUUUCCCAGGCAAGGCCGAAUACAUGACCGAUGCGAACCGCGUGCAGCUGAAUUCCCUGGCCGGUGUUCACGAGUGGAACUUGGCAUACAAUGCCUCCGACCCUGUUCGGGCAAUCGCCGGUGCCGUUAUCCUCGGCGAGAUUCUGUCCAGCUUCGAUGAGAUCGUCGACACAAAGGGUGCUAAGUCCAUCUUGAAUGUCCAGUUUGGUUCAUACGGAACCAUCAUGUCCUUCUUCGGUCUGAUGCAGAUGCCUGCUGCUUCGCCCGAAUUCUACGGGAUCCCAGACUACGCCUCAUCCAUGGUCUUUGAGCUCGUAACCAAUGCCACUGGAAAUGAUUUCCCCUCAAGUGAUGAGAUUAGCGUGCGCUUCGCAUUCCACAACGGCACCAUGAUCGGCUCCGAUGAACUCACUGUUUACCCAAUGUUCGGACAAUCUAAUGAUCUUCUCUCCUACUCUGAGUUCACCACCGAGAUGGAGAAGGUAGCCAUCACCUCCACCAGCCAGUGGUGCGAUAUGUGCGGUAACACCGACGGCAGCUGUGCUUCUACGAGCGCCUCCACCUCUACCACCAGCUCGUCGAGCACCGGCACUUCUGGUGGAAUUUCUCGAGCUGUGGCUGGCGUUAUCGGCGCCAUGGUUACUCUUGCUGUUAUUCUCGGGCUGCAGGCUCUGUUCUUCCUGGUCGGUGGGUUCCGAAUCGCUAAGCGAAACAAGGGUGGCCCUGAAAUGGUCGCUACUUCAAAUUCCAGCGUUGAUGCGGACAAAAAGUCCUAA